GUUUUCGUGCUGGCUCGAGGCAUGGUGUUUACGGGGAAAGCGAGUGAGAUGUUCGCCACCGCCGCCUCCUCCUCCGAAAGGAGCGAAGUAAUUAAAAACUAUGAGAAGUGGAAAAAGAAAUAUCAACGGAAGAAGACGAGACUAAAGCGGGAGAGGAGGGUGCGGAAACCCGAAUGGCAGGUGGAGAGGGAGGUGAUCGCCAGGCUGGUGCAGCGCUAUCCCGAGAUAAAUGCCAAGGAGGUGGUCAAAUUUUCAGAUCUUCCAUUAUCCAAAAAAACCAUUAAAGGUUUGUUGCAGGCUCAAUAUCGUAUGCCCACAGAAAUACAGAAGCAAACAAUUGGACUAGCCUUACAAGGCAAAGAUAUUCUCGGUGCUGCAAAGACUGGAUCUGGGAAGACAUUGGCAUUUAUUAUUCCUAUAUUGGAAUGUCUUUAUCGUCAACAAUGGACAUCAGAAGAUGGAUUGGGCAUUCUCGUCAUAUCCCCUACAAGAGAACUCGCAUAUCAGACCUUUGAGGUCCUACGCAAAGUGGGGAAAAAUCAUGAAUUUUCAGCUGGGCUAGUAAUAGGAGGAAAGGAUCUGAAAACAGAGGCAGAGAGGAUCCACCGUACCAAUAUUGUCAUCUGCACUCCUGGUCGUCUUCUGCAGCACAUGGAUGAAACUACGUACUUUCAUGCUUCUGAUCUACAAAUGCUUGUCUUGGAUGAAGCUGAUAGAAUUUUGGACAUGGGGUUUUCCGAAACGAUGAAUGCCAUUGUAGAAAACCUCCCAAAGAAACGUCAGACUUUGCUUUUUUCGGCAACUCAAACUAAAUCUGUUAAGGACUUGGCACGACUGAGUCUGAAAGACCCAGAAUAUGUAUGGGUUCAUGAAAAUGCUAAAUUCAGCACCCCUGGAACACUGGAACAGAAUUAUGUGGUCUGUGAGUUGCACCAGAAAAUUAACAUGUUGUUCUCCUUUGUGAAGAGUCACCUGAAUAAGAAGAUAAUUGUCUUUUUUUCAAGUUGUAAAGAGGUCCAGUAUCUAUUCCGUGUAUUUUGUCGUCUACGUCCUGGUAUUCCAAUUCUUGCUCUUUACGGCAAGCAACAGCAGAUGAAACGAGUUGAGGUCUACAAUGACUUUUGCAGAAAAAAGGCUGCUGUAUUAUUUGCAACAGAUAUUGCUGCUCGAGGACUGGAUUUCCCUGCUGUGAAUUGGGUUCUUCAGUUGGAUUGUCCAGAGGAUGCUAAUACUUACAUUCAUAGAGUCGGGAGGACAGCCAGGUACAAGGAAGGUGGUGAAGCAUUGUUAGUAUUACUUCCAUCUGAAGAGAAAGCCAUAGUGAAACAGCUGGAGGAGAAAAAAAUCCCCGUCAACGAAAUAAAAAUAAAUCCACGAAAAUUAAUAAAUAUUCAGGCAAAGCUGGAAGCUUUUUUAGCCCAAGAGCUAGAGCUGAAAGAACGAGCACAACGAUGCUAUGUGUCCUAUAUCCGUUCAGUCUAUCUUAUGAAGAACAAAGAUGUCUUUGAUGUUUUCUCAAUGCCACUGAAGGAAUAUGCAUUCUCCCUAGGCCUUGCUGUAGCUCCUCGAAUUAGGUUUCUUCAAAAAGCACUAAAAGGGAACCAGGUACCUUGCGCAGCAGUUGUAGCGCAAGGUACCGAUAAUGUGGCUGGAAGUUUGCUGGAAGAUGCUUCAGAUACUGAUGAGGAAUUGGAAGAUUUUAAGACUCAGUUUAGGGAGCACAAACCCUCUUCCCAAAUGGAGACCAGUGAGAAAACUGAAGAUGAAAAAGCUGUUGAGGGAAGUGUGUAUGAUAAAAACCAAGAAGCUAGUGAAGAUGGAGAUCCAAGAGACCAAAAUGCUGGAGUUGAGAAGGAUGAAGGAAUAGUCACGUUUCAGUUUUUUAAUGAUGAUGAUGAUGAUGAUGAUGACAAUGAUGAACAUGACUUGCUUACAGUGAAACAGUGGGAUGUUUUUGGCUUUGAAGCUGAAGAAAUGACAAAACCUGAUGAAAAAGAACAAGACGAAAUAAAGAAGACAGCAACAAAGAAGACAAAAGUCAAAGAGGCAAAGAAGGUCCUGAAGAAAAAAUUUAAAGUGAAUACAAAAAUCACUUUCAAUGAAGAGGGAGAGGUGAUUCAGCAAUGGCCACUGAUACAAAAGAGCAAAGUAGAUAAUGACCAGGAUGAUGACAAGGGAGGCAUAAAUGUGGAGAAAGCAAAAGAAAGGCUACGAGAAGAGGAUAGAUAUGACAAAGAAGCAUACAGAAUGAAGAUCAAAGAAAAACAUCGGCUAAAAAGGCUUAAGGAGAAAGCAGAAAGGAAGGCAACCAGACCAAAAGAUCAACCUGAAGAGGAAGCCAUUGCUUACCUUGAUCAGAGUGAUGGCGAAGCUGAAUUUGACCUUGCUGACCUUCCUGAUCCCGAUAAGUAUAUGGAUUCUGAGGAAGAUGAUGACAGUACUUCUGAAGCUACUGAACGUUUCAGCAAACCAGCUGAAGGGAAAUUCAAAAGGAAGAGAAAUGAUAGCCAUAGUAGCAAUGACAAAUGUGAGAUGACGGUGGCAACUCAAAAGGGGAAGAGGAGAAUGAAGUCUGAAAGUGACUCUGAUGAUUACAGCCCACUGGACACUGGUCUCUCUCUGGCUGAAGAUGAGGAGCUGGUGCUUCAGCUGUUGAACAGAAAUUAAUUGCAGUCCCGAGGCAGUUUUCUGGGUCAGUCCUUUUACUGUGCUGGCCACGUUCAUCCUAUUGCAAUCAAACCAGAGCAGGUGGUCGCUGUCUGACAGUGAUGAAUGCUUUCUGAACAAGUUGCUGCGGAUCUGUAGAUGACUGCCAAGACAUUGUCUGUUUUACAGCAGGAGGGAAGAAUCUGUAACCCUUCAGUAGGCGAAGAGACUUGAAUUUUCUGACAUAUUUGCUUAAAUCGGUUUAAUUUCAAGCAAAAUAUAAUGGUUCAAGUAUGAACAAUACAAAUAGAUUCCUCUGUGCACACAUUGGAUGUUUCAAUCUUACGCCAUCAUUUUCUCUACAAUAAAGCAAUAUACAUACACAGUCAUUAGCUUAUACAUGGAAACUAAAAUGAACUGGACAAGAGCAAUUUGCUAAUUCGUUUGCUUAUUGAAAUAUAGUAAUUAGUUUUCUAGACUCUGUUAAGAUAAAAAUAUGUAAGAAGUAAAAGGUUUUAUUUGUGCAAUUGUGUCAUGUAUUCCCAAUGCAGUUGGUCUGUUCCAUUCACACACACAGCCUUGAUUAGGAUUUAGAUGUUGUAUUGGAUUUUGUCUCUCUCUUUCUUCACUUCCUGUUCCCUUUCCUUGAAAAUUGUUAUUAACACUUGUUUAUGUAGGUGAUUAUUUCUGUGAUAUGACUUCACACUUUUCUUAUAAUAAUCCUGUCAGCUAAUUGGUUUAUAAAGGUGCAUAUGCAGCAGAUCAACACAUUAACUGCUACUUCCUGUCUGCUGCUAAUAUUUUUGCAUUUUCAAUUGUAACAACAUUUUCCCCUGCAUACAGAAAGUACAGUGGAAAAAUCCCACUGGAUGUUGAGCAGAAAGGAAUGUGAAGACAAGACGAUAAUGGUCAGAGUUUUAGUGUAGCAGCAGUUUUGUAUACAGUGCAGGGCACUGAUGAGACCACAUCUGAAUAUUGGGUACAGUAUUGGUUAUCUUAUUUUAUGAAGGAUUUAACUACGUUGGAAGCAGUUCAGCAAAGGUUUUCAAACUAAUGGUGGGAAUGAAUGGGUUAAUUAAUGUGGAAAAGUUGGACAGCUUGAGGCUUGUAUCUGCUGGAAUUUGGAAGGGUAAUUGAAAUAGGUAGCAUCCUGAGGAAGUUGGGACAGGUGGAUGAGGAAAGGAUCUUUCCUGUUAUGGGAGAAUUUUUUUUUACAGCUACAAGCCAUUAAAAAUCAAUGGCCACCAAUUUAAAACAGAGUUGAGCUAAAUUCUUUUCUGAGUGUCUUUGGAACUCUCAUCCUGAAAAGAUGGCAGAAGCAGAAUGCUUGAAUGUUUUAAUAACAGAGGCAGGGAGAUCCUUGUCAGCCAAGGAGGUGAAAUACUAAAUGGGUAGGUGGGAAUGCAGAUUUGAGGUUACAAUCAGAUCAGCAACAAAUGCUGGAGCAAGCUGAAGGGACCGAAUUACUUAGUGCUGCUAUUUGAGGAUGUACACAGCUUGGGUAAAUUAGGCAAGGUAAGGGAGGCAGUGAGAUUUGACAACCAAUGUGAAAAUCUUUCUCAGUUCUCAGGGAAUGAGGAUCCAAUAGAGCUUGAUAACAAGGGGUACGGCAGUUUGUGAUUCUAUGCACUAGGGGGUUGUGAACUAAUAGCCAUUUGUCACUAAUUCACCAACCGGACUGGAUAAGUUAUCAUCUUUAAAGGACAGAUGUCAACUCGGGGACCGAGUCCAGGGUAGUUGGAAAGGGGGAGCUAAGUCUGAAAUGGAGCAGGAGAAAGAUAGAGAUUUUUGUGAUUUGGCAAAUGUGGGAAAGAAGCUGGAUUUAGGUUUGAGGACCAUGAAGUUUGAAAUCCACAAACGUUGAAUAUAUUUUCUUUCCUUUAUUGUUACUUCAUUAAAGAUCAUUAAAUAUUAAAUUUA